GAGGAGCGACCUGUCAACUGGCCCAAGAAGGACAGGAGAGAAGAAAAGUCGUCACGGUAAUCGAAGCGUAAACCUCCCGCCCUAGUGGACGUUUAAAAACAAGAGCAGGAUUUUCCUUUAUCGCUGCCCUCUUUCUAAUUGAUCUUCGCGUCGGGAGCGGCUGUACAAUCCUCAGCAGUGUCCUGAGACUGUAUGGUCGGCUUCACAGCCAGAGUGUUCUCACCACCUCAACCAACUUGACUCAACUGGACAUUUACUUUUACACUCGGGAAAACAAGAGGCUGACAAGCAAAGGAAAACAUAAAUAAAGUCCCCCCCACCACCCCAUCUCAAAACAAAACAAAAAAACCCCCAUCAAAGAACAACGACGAAAACGUUCGGCUCUGCGAGUGUGUGAAAGAGGGCGAGAGAAAGUGAAAGUCGAAGAGAGAGAGAAAAAAAGUAUGAGUCGUGCCUUCUGCACUGUAUUGCAAGUUUGAACCUCGAUUAUCACCAGCACUUGUCGCUCUUCUUUGCUAUAAACACGAAUCGCCAGGACCAUGACAGCCGAAAAAGAAAAGAAAAGAAGUAACUCUGAGAGGAGGAAGGAGAAGUCGAGAGAUGCAGCAAGGUACAGAAGGAGCAAAGAGACUGAGGUGUUUUAUGAGUUGGCUCACCAUCUGCCACUGCCUCAUAACAUCAGUACACACCUGGACAAAGCUUCCAUCAUGCGCCUGACUAUUAGUUUUCUACGCACUCGCAAGCUUUUGAACUCUGGAACACCAGAGAAUGAUACUGAAACAGAGAAGCAGAUGGAUUCUUUUUACCUUAAAGCCCUGGAAGGAUUUAUCAUGAUGGUCACACAGGAUGGAGACAUCAUUUUCUUGUCGGAAAACACAAGCAAGUACAUGGGUUUAACACAGGUUGAGUUGACUGGACAUAGUAUUUUUGAUUUCACCCAUCCAUGUGAUCAUGAGGAGAUAAGAGAAAAUCUGGCUGUCAAAAAUGCCCCAGGCUUUGGAAGGAAACACAGAGAUAUGAACAUAGAGCGUGACUUCUUCAUGCGAAUGAAAUGUACAGUGACAAACCGCGGACGAACCGUCAACCUCAAGUCUGCCACCUGGAAGGUGAUACACUGCACAGGUCACAUCAAAAUAUACAAUGCCUGCCAGGCUCGCACACUGUGUGGGUACAAGGAGCCUCCUCUGAAUUGUUUGAUCAUGAUGUGUGAGGUAAUUCAACAUCCAUCCAACAUUGAGGUUCCACUGGACUGCAAAACAUUCUUGAGUCGCCACAGCAUGGACAUGAAAUUUACCUACUGUGAUGAGAGAAUUGCAGCAUUGAUGGGAUACUGCCCAGAGGAACUGCUUGGACGUUCAGUGUACGAGUUCUACCAUGCAAUGGAUUCAGAUCACAUGAUUAAAAGUCAUCAGAACUUAUGCACGAAAGGUCAAUCAGUUACUGGCCAGUACAGGAUGCUCGCUAAACGAGGUGGAUAUGUGUGGGUUGAGACCCAAGGGACAGUCAUCUACAACAGCCGUAACUCUCAGCCACAGUGCAUUGUCUGCAUCAACUAUGUUUUGAGUGAAAUUGAGGAGACCAAUGUGGUAUUCUCCAUGGACCAGACAGAGUCUCUGUUCAAGCCAUGCCAGAGUGUGAGAAAUAUGAAUGGCAGACAUAUCAAUGGCACCCCAAUAUCAGAUGAUGGCCAUCUGCUGUUCAGUAAACUGAAGGAAGAACCUGAAGAACUGGCACAACUUGCUCCUACACCUGGAGAUGCUGUUAUUUUACUUGACUUCGGAAACCAACAAUAUGAGGAAGCCCCUCUUUACGAUAAAGCUAUUAUGCCACCAAGCAAGCAGUGGCCUAUGGAAGUCACCAAAUCAAAUGUAACAUGUCCUUCUGAACCAAACAAGCAAUCGUCUCUGGAUCUACAUGCCUUCACAGUGCCCCAGGUUCUGUCUGGCAGUUCCACUCCACAUACCUGCAGCAGCACCUCAUGCUCUUCACCAAGUAGUCCUGGAGAGUACUACAGUUCCCUGGACAAUGACCUCAAGAUCGAAGUGAUUGAGAAACUUUUUGCUAUGGACACUGAAGCAAAAAAUCAAUGCAACACUCAGGCAGAAUUGAGUGAUCUGGACCUUGAAACACUGGCUCCGUACAUUCCUAUGGAUGGGGAAGACUUCCAGCUAAGUCCAAUAUGCUGUGAUGAGCAAGCCACACCUGAACACCCAUCACGGACUCAAGAUUAUUCAGUCAAUGUGAAUGGACUGCUCCAGUCAAUUGCUCCAAAUUUUGUGACCUCACAUAGACAGAUGCCACUGGACAAGUACUGCUCACAAAUGCCAUUGGUGAAAAAGAAUGACCACAUCCAAACUUCACCACUGGCAUACAACACCAGAAAUGGUAUUCUGCCACCGUACCAAUCACCUUUAAGUACGACAGUGUCCUCAGUGGGUGGCAAACCAAAUCUUCAGUGGCCACCAGAUCCAGCUUUUGUCUGUAUGGCUAGAAAGUGGAAGUUGAUGGAUCAGAGAACUGGAUUGUUGCCUGGUAUCCCACCUGGUAUCCCACCUGGUAUCGCACCUUGCCAGCCAGUACAUGCUUCACUCUAUAAAGAAAGAUCCCAGCACAGCUUUGGACGACAUGGGAAAGACACCAACACUGAAUUGAAUUUCAGAAACAAUUUAAAACGGAAACUGCAUCUGGAUUUUGGAUUCCAACACCCAGCAGACUCUCCAUAUGAAGAUCUACCAAGGAGUAAUGCUUGUGCACAAAUGUUAUGGAAAAGAAUGAAAAGCAUUAAAUCUGAAAAUAGUCUUCCUUUAAUGGAGAAAAAAUCUUUGAGUUCAGGUUCGCUUACAGGAAUGGCUUCCCGCCUUUUGGGUUCCUCGUUUCUGGCUUAUUCCUUGCCAGAGCUGACAAGGUAUGACUGUGAAGUAAAUGCACCUAUGAUGGGGAGCUCAACACUUUUGCACGGACGUGAACUGCUUAGAGCGCUCGACCAAGCAAAUUAAAUGGUUGUGCCAUUAUUGCUACCCUGAAUUGUGAAAACAGCUUCAGUUUAUUAAAGUUUUUUUUGCAAGUAGUCCAUUAUUGAUAUAGUUUUAAAAAUCACUCGCUUGUUCAACGUUCACGAUUUUAUGUAAUAAAUUUUCUCAGCUUAAUAUAUACGCUUAUUCUUGCCAUUACAUCCUCUUGUUUCUUGAACCAACUGUUUCUCCUUUCAGUAAACAGGUCUUUUUGAGGAAAAGGUUCUCAUCAAUUUUCUGGUAGCAUUAUGAUGAUCUUUCCUAAUGGGCCUGUCCCACAGGCGACUUUUUAUGGUCACACAUGGUCACCGGGGAGUCGCCUUCAUGGUCGUGAGUAGUUCCCGCAUUCUGGGAACUAUUCACAGUCUCAUUAUGGUCGGUGCGAAUUUUUCAACAUGUUGAAAAAUUAGUGGCGACUAGAAUGAAGCCGCCAUGGAGAGUAGAGAGAAUUCUGGUGCCGUAGGUGGGUCGCCAGGAGGUCGGAGGUUCUUGUAGGUUGUAGCCAGUGCUGACCGGUGAAUUUCAUUGGCUCAUUGGGGGAAAAAAAAAGUAAGUAGUACUUUUCAGAACCAAGGAUAAGCGACCGGUAAUGUUAAUGUCCACCGAGCUUCACAGCCGUGUAUCUCUGGCUUCUUAAAAGUUGUCUCCACUCCCUCUCCCCCCUCUUUUAAAGGACUUACCGUACACUGUGCUUUAACCGUCUUAAUUACAGCGCCAACCUUCCUGUUCAUCGCGGUGUAUGUCUGUAUCACCUUGGCUUUGCACCGUGGGAAUUUCACUGUGGGAACAGCAUUCCCCCACCUGCAUAAUUCUCAACUUAUGCUUUCAAUUAAAAAGCAGCUAUUUUCUUGUGUUGAAAGAAUGCACUUAAUCUUUUUUUGAAAAGACAAUUAAAAUGUUCCACUGUUUUUCCUACAAAUGAUCAGAAAACUAAAAUACUAACUGCUAAAAAGCUAUUUUGGUAGCAGAUUUGCUGUAUGUGGACAUUUUGCUCAGUUGCACACUUUAGCUUCAAUAAGCUUUGUCUUUUUGGUGACUUAUUUACUAAAUAUUAAGCUUAUAAAGAUUUAUAGAUCUUUGGUGUUAAUCUUGUACUGGUACUUUCAGUAGCAGAAACAGAAUGAAUUUCUACAUGUAUCCUCACAUAACCAAUUUUAUUUUUUAGUGUUGGUUUUGCAUUCAAUGGUAUUUUGGUCAGUGAUAUCCUGGGGGUGUCUUGAAAAGAAGGCAGGAAGCCAACAAUUUAGUAUUAAUGUUUAUUAAAAAUCUGGAAUAUUUUAGAUGAGUAAUGCACAGUAAGGGAAUACAUCAAAGCAUACUAUGUAAAAGAUUUAAAAUGUAUUUAGUUGUAUUUUUCUUUGGUCAAAUAUAACAGUUUUUUUAUCCUGCUGAAAUGUUGUGAAUCUUUAUGGGACCCUACUAAAUUAAGGUCAAACCUUUAUGCUUUUAUUAGCUGUACUGAAAAGAUUUGUAAAAGAUUUCCAAAGUGAUUCAGAAAGGAGGAAAGGUCAAUUUGCACUUUCAAAGUAAAACAAAAGACCCCAAAUGUGUCUUGUUUAUUCCUUGAGCACAAGUUUCCCUUUAUAAGGACAUUCAUUCUGCAGCGAGUAACAUUUUACCCUGACACGUCUUUCCGAUAGGAUGUGUGCCCAGUUAAAUAUCCUGAAGGUUUGACCUCAAUGAUUAAAUUCUUCAAAUGAUAAAGUUGCUAUAACUUUGUUGGACACCCUUCAAGUGUCACGUGUUUUCAAUGUUUCCAUUAAGAAAUACUUACUAGACUAAUUCCUCAAGAAUCAAAGGGUGCAAUGAAUUUGAAGUAAAGCAUCAAUUAGAUAUUUUGGCUCAAAAUUAGCAUGCCAGUGUUUCAGUUCUAAUAUUAACAGCUAUAGAUUAUUAUUACAAGUAUUUAAUAUCUGUAUGGCUUGCCACUUAAUAUCUUUUCUGUAUGGGAAAUUUUAAUCUAAUGAGGUAAUGUAUUUUUGACACCAGUACCUUAUUAAAGCAUAAAACCUUUGAU